AGACACAUAUUCCAAACCCUAAAUUACAUAAUCCCUCACCCACCUUCCUAGAAGGUCCCUUGAAUUGCACUCGUGCAUGAACCUCACAUUUUUUUCUCAUAUAUAACCAGAAUCGGAGUGACUCAAAAACCAAAUCCAAAAAGUAAAAUGAGAAGAACCAAACAAUGUUCUUCUUCAUUCUCUUCUCAUUCUUCUGCUUCUGAAUCCAAUCCUAGCAAUAAUCAUAAUAAUAACAACAAUUGUGUUAGAAUAAGAGGGGCAUGGAGUGCGGAAGAAGAUAGGAUUCUCACUGGGCUUGUGGAGGCCCAUGGGCCGAGAAACUGGGCCUUGAUAAGCCGACACGUAAAGGGCCGGUCCGGGAAGUCCUGCAGGCUUCGGUGGUGCAACCAGCUGAGUCCCGCCGUGGAGCACCGACCCUUCACCACGCGCGAGGACGCGCUUAUCUUGCACGCGCACGACCGGUUAGGGAACAAGUGGGCCGCCAUUGCGAGAAUGCUUCCGGGCCGGACCGAUAACGCCGUUAAGAACCACUGGAACGCCACGCUCAAGCGCAGGGCCUCCCAACGACGUCGUUUUUGGGAUGAACCGUUGACUGCGCUGACUCUGGCGCCGCCGGGAAGCGGCGGCGGUGGCGGAGGAUGGACGGCGGGGUUCCGGGAUGUGGUUGCGAGGGAAGUGCGAGAAUAUGUGUCUUUCUCGUUUUCCGAUAAGUUGGGCUCUAACGAGAAAUUAUCCAAAUACUAAUUUUUAUUCGGUAAUGGAAUUUAUGUCGUUAAGACUUGAA